ACUCUGGCUGGGCGGGAAAGCUCGAACUGCGCUGCCGGGCUGGAGACGGCGGGAGCCGCUGCUCUCCGGCUGAGGGAACCAGAGACAGCUCGGUCCCUAACGGAGCGCCGGGGAGGCAGGCGUCAUGACGGGCGAGGUGGGUUCUGAGGUUCACCUGGAAAUCAAUGAUCCAAAAGUCAUUUCACAAGAGGAAGCAGAUAGUCCUUCAGAUAGUGGACAGGGCAGCUGUGAAACAAUUGGACCCUUGAGUGAAGGAGAUUCAGAUGAAGAGAUAUUUGUAAGUAAGAAGUUGAAAAACAGGAAGGUUCUACAAGACAGUGAUUCCGAAACAGAGGACACAAAUGCCUCUCCAGAGAAAACUACCUAUGACAGUGCCGAGGAGGAAAAUAAAGAGAAUUUUUAUGCUGGGAAAAAUACAAAAAUCAAAAGGAUUUACAAAACUCUGGCAGACAGUGAUGAAAGUUACAUGGAGAAGUCUUUGUAUCAGGAAAAUCUCGAAGCGCAAGUGAAACCUUGCUUAGAGCCGAGUCUUCAGUCUGGAAACUCUACAGACUUUACCACUGACAGAAAGAGUUCCAAAAAGCACACAAAUGAUAAAGAAGGAACUUCAGGAAAAGCAAAAGUAAAAUCGAAAAGAAGACUUGAGAAAGAGGAGAGAAAAAUGGAAAAAAUUAGACAGCUGAAAAAGAAGGAAACAAAAAACCAGGAAGAUGAUGUAGAACAGCCAUUUAAUGACAGUGGCUGUCUUAUUAUGGAUAAAGACCUUUUUGAAACUGGGUUGGAGGAUGAAAAUAACUCUCCAUUGGAAGAUGAAGAGUCAAUAGAAUCAAUAAGAGCAGCUGUAAAAAACAAAGUAAAAAAGCACAAGAAAAAAGAACCAUCUUUGGAGAGUGGGGUCUAUUCAUUUGAGGAAGAAAGUGAGUUAUCAAAAGGAACCACGAGGAAGGAAAGAAAGGCAGCCAAAUUAAGUAAAGAAGCAUUAAAACAACUGCAUAGUGAGACUCAGCGCCUUAUUCGAGAGUCUGCACUUAACCUUCCAUAUCAUAUGCCUGAGAAUAAAACCAUUCACGAUUUCUUCAAACGUAAACCCCGGCCCACUUGCCAGGGAAAUGCCAUGGCACUAUUGAAGUCAUCUAAAUAUCAGUCAAGCCAUCACAAAGAAAUCACAGACACUGCAAACACUACUGAAAUGAACAGUUAUCACCAUAGUAAAGGUUCUGGGCAGACAACGGGUGCAGAAAAUGAAGUGGAAAUUAAUGCACUCCCUGUGGUUUCAAAGGAAACCCAGAUCAUUACUGGAUUAGAUGAGUCUUCCAGGAAGGAUUUGGUAAAAAAUGAAGAGCUAGAAAUUCAGGGGAAACAGAAGCAGAGUGACAUUAGACCUUCACCUGGGGACAGCUCGGUGGUGCAACAGGAAUCCAACUUCCUUGGGAAUAAUCACAGUGAGGAAUGUCAUGUUGGAGGGCUUGUAGCAUUUGAACCUCAUGCCCUGGAGGGUGAAGACCCCCAAAAUGCAGAAGAAACAGAUGAGAAAGUGGAAGAGCCUGGGCAGCAAAAUAAAUCAUCAGCAGUUGUGCCACCUGAAAGAGUGAGAAGGUUUACUCUGGAUAGACUUAAGCAACUGGGAGUAGAUGUUUCCAUUAAACCACGGCUAGGUGCUGAUGAAGAUUCCUUUGUGAUACUUGAUGAACCUGAAACCAACAGAGAACUGGAAGCCUUGAAGCAGCGUUUCUGGAAGCAUGCUAAUCCAGCAGCCAAACCCAGGGCUGGUCACACAGUGAACGUGAACGUCAUAGUGAAAGACGUGGGCACUGAUGGAAAGGAAGAGCUAAAAGCAGAUGUGGUACCUGUGACUUUAACACCUAAGAAGUUGGAUGGAGCAAGCCACACAAAACCAGGUGAAAAGCUUCAGGUGCUAAAAGCUAAACUGCAAGAGGCAAUGAAACUCCGAAGGUUUGAGGAGCGCCAGAAGCGCCAAGCACUGUUUAAAUUAGAUAAUGAAGAUGGAUUUGAGGAAGAGGAGGAGGAAGAGGAAGAAAUGACAGAUGAGUCUGAGGAAGAUGGAGAAGAGGAGGUAGAGAAAGAAGAGGAAGAAGAGGAAGAACUGGAGGAAGAGGAGGAGAAAGAAGAGGAAGAAGAAGGAAAUCAGGAGACUGCAGAAUUCCUUCUUAGUAGUGAAGAAAUAGAAACCAAAGAUGAAAAAGAAAUGGAUAAAGAAAAUAAUGAUGGCAGUAGUGAAAUUGGCAAGGCAGUUGGCUUCCUCUCUGUUCCCAAGUCUCUCUCAUCAGAUUCUACUUUACUUCUAUUUAAGGACAGCUCUUCCAAGAUGGGUUACUUUCCUAUUGAAGAAAAAUCAGAAACAGAUGAAAACUCAGGCAAACAGCCUAGCAAACUGGAUGAGGAUGAUUCAUGUUCAUUGCUAACGAAGGAGAGCAGCCACAAUAGCAGCUUUGAGCUGAUUGGCUCCACGAUUCCAUCCUAUCAGCCUUGCAACAGACAAACAGGCCGUGGGACCAGUUUUUUCCCUACAGCAGGAGGAUUCAGAUCUCCUUCCCCUGGGCUAUUUCGAGCCAGUUUGGUCAGCUCAGCUUCUAAGAGUUCAGGGAAACUGUCUGAGCCUUCACUUCCCAUAGAGGAUUCCCAGGAUCUGUAUAACGCCUCCCCAGAGCCUAAGACACUUUUCCUAGGAGCAGGAGACUUCCAGUUCUGUUUAGAAGAUGACACUCAGAGCCAACUGUUGGAUGCAGAUGGGUUCUUAAAUGUUAGAAACCACAGGGAUCAGUACCAAGCUUUGAAACCUCGAUUGCCAUUGGCCAGUAUGGAUGAGAAUGCCAUGGAUGCCAACAUGGAUGAGCUGUUGGAUUUGUGUACUGGAAAGUUUACAUCUCAGACUGAAAAACAUCUACCCAGAAAGAGUGACAAGAAAGAGAACAUGGAGGAACUUCUGAACCUUUGUUCAGGAAAAUUCACUUCUCAGGAUGCCUCCACUCCGGCCUCAUCAGAGUUAAGUAAGCAGGAGAAGGAGAGCAGCAUGGGUGAUCCAAUGGAAGAAGCACUUGCUCUUUGCUCAGGCUCUUUUCCAACAGACAAGGAAGAGGAAGACGAGGAGGAGGAAUUUGGAGACUUCCAGCUUGUCUCAAAUGAUAAUGAGUUUGAUACUGAUGAGGAUGAACACAGUGACUCUGGUAAUGAAGACCUGGCACUGGAAGACCACGAAGAUGAUGAUGAAGAAGAACUCCUGAAUCGAUCUGAGAAGUUGAAAAGGCAAAUGAGAUUGAGGAAAUACCUGGAGGAUGAGGCAGAGGUGUCAGGAAGUGAUGUGGGAAGUGAAGAUGAGUAUGAUGGGGAAGAAAUUGAUGAAUAUGAAGAGGACGUAAUUGAUGAAGUACUUCCUUCUGAUGAGGAACUACAGAGUCAAAUCAAGAAAAUACACAUGAAAACUAUGUUGGAUGAUGAUAAGCGACAGCUACGUUUAUACCAAGAGAGGUACCUUGCUGAUGGGGAUCUGCACAGCGAUGGUCCUGGGCGAAUGAGGAAGUUUCGAUGGAAAAACAUAGAUGAUGCUUCCCAGAUGGACUUGUUCCACAGAGACUCUGAUGAUGAUCAGACUGAAGAACAGCUUGAUGAGUCAGAAGCCAGGUGGAGGAAGGAGCGAAUUGAACGAGAACAGUGGCUUCGGGACAUGGCACAGCAGGGGAAAAUUACAACUGAAGAAGAAGAAGAAAUUGGGGAGGACAGUCAGUUUAUGAUACUGGCCAAGAAAGUUACAGCCAAAGCACUGCAGAAGAAUGCCAGUCGCCCUAUGGUUAUUCAGGAAUCAAAGUCUUUGCUCAGAAAUCCUUUUGAAGCCAUCAGACCGGGAAGUGCUCAACAGGUGAAGACAGGCUCACUGCUAAACCAGCCCAAAGCUGUGCUUCAGAAACUGGCUGCUCUCUCUGACCGUAACCCCAGUGCUCCUCGAAAUUCAAGAAACUUUGUCUUUCAUACACUUUCUCCUGUCAAGGCUGAGGCGGCAAAGGAAUCGUCUAAGUCUCAGGUAAAGAGAAGGGGUCCAUCUUUCAUGACUUCUCCUUCACCUAAGCGCCUCAAAACAGAAGAUAGCACUUCAGGAUUGAAGCGAAGCAUCUUCAAAUACUUGGAGAGCUAACACCAUCAAAGUUGCCAAAAUCUACAUUGAGACUGCUUUGAGAAGUUCCUAGCACUGAAAAUUGGAAUUGACACUCAAGCCAACGAUCCUUCCUUCCUUCAUAAUCAAUGCAAUAAGAUUGCAGACAGAAAUUCCUGUUCUUUCUACUGCACAGCUCUGGACUUCUCUUUUCCUAGUAUUAUUCCCUGGAUUGGCCACUGAUCUCAAUUCUGCAGUAUUUACAACAUCAACAACUAAUAGAAUA